UCUGGUGAUAGAAGCGGAGCCAGACUUGAGGAAGAAGGGGAAAGGACUUCCGCUCUGGCACCUGCAGACUUCUGGGAGCUUCCCAGCAGUGGAUUGCAAUUGAGCUUUCUCUGAUCUUUCCCUGCUCGGAGCUCUCCCAGCCUGAGAACCAGAGGCCCUGGGUCCCAACGAUUCACUAACUUGCCUGCAGCCUUUGGGGAGUAUGGCUCUAUCACCUCCAUGUCCGGAGCAGGAAUUCCAGCAGGAAGAUCGUGCCCUCCAACAAGUUUUACCGGAAGACCCAGGUGGAUCUGGACCUCUGUACACCCUGAAGAUCUCACGCAUUCCACGCCUCUCUCCAUCUGCAUUAUGCCCGGUUGUUCGGAUGCCCUGUCCCUUAUUGAACACUCCCUCGUGGAUGGUCACUACAGGAUCCCUCUAACAAAGAUCAAGACCAUGCGAGAAACCCUCAGGGAAAAAAACUUGCUGACAAACUUCCUGGAGAAGAACACUGACGGCAGGUCCCAGAAUGUCGCUCGUGACCCGAAAUUGUCUCUUCAUCCCCUGAGGAACUACCUGGAUCUAGCCUAUGUCGGCAACAUCACCAUUGGAACGCCCCCUCAGCAGUUCAAGGUCCUCUUUGACACCGGCUCAGGUGACCUGUGGGUGCCCUCCGUCUACUGCUACAGUCCCCCCUGCCGUACACACAAGGUCUUCAACCCUCACUUGUCCACCACCUUCCGGCUCCCGGGCCAGCCCGUCGACCUCAUCUACGGCUCCGGGAGGGUGGUUGGAGUUCUUGGCUGUGACACUGUUCGGAUCGGGAACCUUGUUGACGUAGUCCAGCCAUUUGCCCUGAUCCGGUCACAGUUUGGGAUGCAGCAUGCACCCUUCGAUGGCAUCCUGGGCUUGGGCUACCCCAGCCUCGCCAUCCGAGGGACCACCCCCAUCUUCGACAACCUGAAGAGACGAGGCCUCAUUUCUCAGCCUGUCUUUGCCUUCUACUUGAGCACCCGGAAGGAGAAUGGCAGCAUGGUGAUGUUUGGCGGGCUGGACCACAGCUACCACAAAGGAGAGAUCCAGUGGAUACCAGUGUCCCGACCCCACUACUGGCAGAUAACCAUGAACCGCAUCACCAUGAACGGGUUGAAUCUUGGUUGUUUCCGCGGCUGCCAGGCCAUUGUGGAUACCGGGACCUCGUUGCUAGUUGGCCCAAGUAGAAUGAUCACCAUCAUCCGGAGGCUCAUUGGCGCCAGGCCUGUCGGUCACGAGUAUGCGGUUUCAUGUAGAUAUGUGUCUCGCCUGCCUACUAUCGUCUUCACCAUCAACGGCAACAACUACCCAGUGCCCCCUGAAGCCUACAUCAGAAAGAGCCUUCGGGGCCUCUGCCUCAGCAGCUUUGCAGGGGGCACAGAGAACAUGAGCCGGUCGGAGACCUGGAUCCUGGGCGACGUCUUCCUGAGGCUGUAUUUCUCGGUUUACGAUCGGGGAAACAACAGGGUUGGCCUGGCUCCCGCAGUGUAAAGGCUGGGGCCGCUCCAGCGGUCCAUCAGGCGCCCUGCAAACUCACACUCACUCACACGAAGGGCACCCCCACCCAGGGAUGGCGGAGGACCGUGUUUGGUGC